AUGAGCACGCAGUCACGGACCGAUCCGCCGCCGCAGCAGCAGCAGCGGCCAUCGCCGCGGCGGCCCAACACGACGUGCACCUCCUGCCGUCGCUCCAAGGUCAAGUGCAUCAACCAGGACGGCCAGGCUCCGUGCCAAAGGUGCAGGGCUUCAGGCUACACUUGCGCCUUCGAGCAGUGGCAGGGAGGCCAGCCUGGAGCGUACGACUGGAGGACGCGCACGGAAUCGGUCCUCGCAAAGCUCAGCGAGGCCGUCGAAUGCAUCGCACGCCAGCAGCAGCGACAGCAUCGGCAGAACCGGCAAAGGGAUGGCGACUCGAUCAGCCUCACACCGCCGCCAGAACGACGGAAGCGAGCCAGGGUCAGCCUGGGCAGCUCGCGCGACCCGAUUCGGCGGACUAGGAGCCCAGCGGAGACGUCGGUCGACGAGUAUGGCAGCGGAGACGACGAUCCAACCGCCACCGUCGCGGAUGCAGCAAGACCUCGUCGUGGCGCGGCCAAUGCUCGCUCCUAUACAAACAUGACCGACACCGUUCAGGCGCCCUCGCGGCCAGCUGAAAAAGAGAGCAGAGGUGGACCAGCAUCGUACUCCCCUCGACGAGCUGGACAGGCAUCGCACUCUCCUCGCGGAGCUGACCAAAGUCAUCACGCAACGAUGACGCCUGGUCCACCGCCUUCGUCGAGACCCCGCCCCGCUGCGCAACAAGGGCUCGGGCCCGCGCGUGCCGGAGACGACGAUGAUUACGGUGAUCUAGGCGGCAAUCGUGACGAUGGACCGACUACUCAUUGGCAUUCAAGCUGCGACGCCGACCGUGUUGAUGCCCUCACGGGGCUAGGCACGACGGACCCGACUCGCCCCGUCCAAGCCGUCGCGCCCGACCUCGGUAGGCAAGGGAGCGACGCCCGCGUCGGACCCGCUUGGGAAUCGCGGUUGCAGCCAACAAUGCCGGGGACAGACCCAUGCUUGGACCAGUGGAACCCAGCGCUGCUCUACGACGGUGCAGCGGCAUCUCCUCGACCCGAACUGCCUCACGCUGGCGACGCCCAAGACCCCGCAGCGACGAUGCAGCUCGAACGAGGCGGUACGGAAAAGCCCAGCGUGCCCGUGGCUCCAAUUUUGGUCUGGCAACCGCCAGAUGCGCUUCCAUCAGCCCGGCAGUCUCGAGAGCGAAAAAAAGGAUCAUGCAGCGUCCCUGGCCGGCAAAGCCUCUACCGCUAUCCCAGCCCUCGGCUCGGCAUGGACGACCCCCGCCUCAACGCGAUCCGUCUGGGCCUCGUAUCCAUCCACGAGGCGCGACAUCUCUUUGCAGUAUAUGCCAAAGGCGUGCAGCCGUUCAAUUUUGGCUUCCCAGAGUUUCCCGCCAGCUCGCACAUGACGCCGGUGCUGAUCUCGGCCGUCGCGAGUGUCGCGAGCCUCUUCUCGCCGACCGCGCAGCUGCGGAGCCGCUUCCUCGCGCUCCGUGACGACGUCUUUGAACGGACCUCGGCCCACUUCCCGAUCGACUCCGACGACCCUUUCAACGUCGAGACCGGCAUUGGCACCGAAGAGAUCGUCGGCGCAGCCAUAGUCGCGAGCUACGACGCCUCGCAUCAGGGGUGGCAGCUGGCGCGCGCGGCACGAUGGUGGAGCGCGAGAUGCUCCUACGACCGACCUGACGCCGACAAUCUCACCGUUGGCGAGAUGGUCGCAAUUCUACCGCCACUGCGGAACAUCUCCAGACUCGAUCGAGAGCGGGUUCGGCUCAGCGCCUUCGUCGUCGAAGUUUUUCAGUGCGUGAUGCACGGUCAAGAGCUGAUUGGCCCUUUCCGAUCCGAUGCCGAGGGCGACACGACCUUUCUCCUCCAUCCGCAGUGCGAUGAGGCUCCGUACACGGCAUCUGUGCGGCCCGAGAUCACCAAGGCAGAUGUACGGCUUGCGUACCAUGCCCAGGUCGCCGACGUGAUGCUGCGCAAGAAGAGAGCCCUCUCGCCAGCCGAUGUCAGGAAUCUCUCCGACGACCUGCUCAGGCACCACCUUCUAUGCCAGCGCAGGCUCGGUCGCGAUGAGGAUGCCGCGACGCGCAGCUGUGCGGCGCUGCUAUUCCACCUGGCCCGCGUCUACAUCUGCUCGCAGGUGCGCGACCUGCCUGCGCCAGAUGGCACGCCGGAAGAAGAACUCGACCACGAAUGCGAGAUCGAGGCGUUGGCGGAGCUGUGCAACAUCUCAACGGCCGCCGCACUAUCGCUGCUGUGCGAUCCGCGCGGCGGGCUGCUCGGCAACCUCGCCAAACUGCCAGCCGUCUACCACUUUCUCAUCUCACACAGCCUCGGACACUACUUGCAAGAGCUCCAGGAUCGCCGAGACAGCGAGGGUGGUAGCGUCGGCGCUCAGGUUGGACCCUCUGCACAGCCGUGUGCCCAGAGCGACGACUUGCUGCGCAGCAUGCGGUGGUUCGUCCAUCAAUAUGCCGCAGAGCUUCAACAGAGUCAGACGCAGUCGGCAAGCACGGCGAUAGUGGGCCCCCGGGGCAGCAGCCUGGCCGACGAGCCGAUAUCACGUGGCGGCGAUGCUCGAAGCGCCGAUCACGAUCUUGGAAGAGCGGCAGAUCAGGUACAGCCGCCUUCCGAGCUGCUCGGUAGUGAUACUGGCGCAAGGCAGCCCAGGCACGUCGAACAUCCUGCGAUGAUUCGCCACCCUGCAGCCGAGAUUGCCAGCGCGCUGGUCGAGGCGAUGGAGGCAGCCCUAGCGGUGCUUUGA